GCAAGGAAGUUGCGAAGUUUUGCUAAAUUAUGAAUAUAAUCUUUGUUUUUAAUGCAAUUUGACGUGCAAUAAAGUUUUAUUCGAACAAUUAGGUAACUCUGAAAUGUCAGUCAUGACUGAACUAGAUUCACGCCCCGAGGAAGUUGGAAAGAUAUUGGUGAAAGUCCAGGAUGAAUUGCGAGAACUGCGUGAUCAUCUGCUGUCGAAGUCCGAUGGUCAGAUCAUCAGUGUGGCAGAUCUGGAGAAUGCCCUGGCCAGGACUGAACAGGGCCUGCAGAGAAAGACUGAAGAAGUUGUACACCAAAUCAACAACAGUGUUAUGAUGCUUCCGCUCUCUGAUCCAAAAUAUGGUGGUGAGCUCUCCAGCUUGGAAACAACCAUUGACCUUCGUAGGCAGCCCAAGGCAACAUAUUAUGGCAAAGACAAAGGAGGCCCAGGACAACUCCAGCUUCUUCCUCCGCGACCAAAUUUUCUCAUGAAGCAACCGAUACAGACGCAAGGACUAACACCCAGUCAACAGUUGAAGCAGCAGUGCAACCUCCGAGCAAUGGCAAACCCGUAUAACGCACAGAACCGAAACGUUCUAAAUGACAAUUACGGAAUCCAGCUUCCACUCAUACCCCAGAAACCAGAACCAAGGCAAAUCCCUCUGAAGCCUCUUACUGGCUCCACAGUGGAACACCUGACCAUCUUACCUAAAGCUAACAGAGUCGAUGCUCAGCUAGCACCUCCACCGAUCACAGAAGACGAUGCCAGUAAAGGAAUCCGCAGUCUGAUAGAACGUGGACUGAUUCCGCCUGCAGCUCAUCUCACUCUGGAACCGUCGCCAAUCAGACGUCAACCAGCACUGCUACAUAACCCAGCCGACAAGAGCAAGGCACCAACUAUCUCAGAGAUGAUGCCAGGACUAGCUCUAGUCCAUCUGGACGUGUCUAACCCAGUGACUGAAAACGAGCCCAAGUCGGCAGUCACAUCGUUCCCGUCGGCACCAACGCCUCGACCGACACCACAGCCUGCAUCCAGAACGCGGGAAUCGUCGGCAUCUGGUCGCAACAAAACACCGGCCACCGUACGGACGUUUGAGAUGCCAUUGCAGCCACUGCAGGAAUCUGAAGAGCCCCCUCCAACCACCCCAGCUAGUGGUGACUUGAAGACGCUGAGUCAUCGAUUUGCCAUACAGAACGGACAUGUCAAGGAGACCCAGCCUGAGUUCCUGGCCUUCAAACAGCACUACUGUCUCACCUGGGGCAGUAUUGUAACAACACUGAAACAUUUGGAGAGGAUGUUGACAAGAUUCUCUGUGCCAAUUGCCUUUGUGAAUGGAGAUAAGUUAGCAGAUCUGUCGAUGGAGUUUGAACUGGAGCGGCCACCCAGCAUAGAACAUCUUCUGUGUGUGAUUGUGAACCGUGACGAUGUUGAGGCCAUGGUUACAAAACCAGGUCGUAAAUUUCUUGGUAUGAAUGGUCAAGAUCUGGCCGCCACAACAAUUCAGUCGACUUGGCGAAUGUACUGCGACCGAAUCGCAUAUCUCGAGUACCGGAAACACAAGUGGGCGGCUGGAGUCAUCGCAAUAUCGUGGAUCAUGCACAUUAAGAUGGUCAAAGUUCGACACCAGCUGGUACGAAGUCGGGCGGACCAGUUGGAAAACUUCAAAUUCAGAGCAAAGAAAUUUGCUGCGUCCUGGGACAGAAUCAAGACAUCUAAGCGAGUUGUUAUUCACAUCCCAUCGCUGGGUCUGGCACAGAAGAUCCGAGACAGUAUUAAUGAUUUCGGCAUCCAACAAAACACGCAGAUGGCUCGACUGUGUGAUAUCAGAGAUCCGAACGUGGAUGUGAUAUUUGUCUCCCCUGUUCCCCUGAGCGAUGAGACUCUUCAGUACUACUCGAAACUCCUCGGACUGAAGGCGGCCGUCGAGAGUGGUAAGGUUGAUGAUCAGUGCAACAUGGAGGACAGAUUUAAGAUCAUCGUCCCGGAAGCCAUCAAGAGUUUUCCAACCCACCGCAUGUGCCUUGCGACUCUGCUAAAGUACAGCCCGCAGACGAUGAGGAGGAUCAAGCUGAUGAUCCGGGGUCGUGAUGCCUACAUCGUCACCACGGUGCCACACAAGGAUGACCUCGCAGUCGCUGACUAUCUAGAGGUUCCAAUCCUAGCACCGGAGCCCGAGAUAGCUCGUCUGUACUCCACCAAGUCGGGCUGUAAACGAGUCUUUGCCAGUGCGGGAGUCGGCAUGCCUCCAGGAGAGUACGACAUUUACAGUCUGGGACAGCUUCACGAGUGUCUUGCCCAGCUGGUGACUGAAAACCUGGGAGUGCAGCGAUGGUUGUUCAAACUGGACGAGGAGUUCGACGGGCGUGGGAUUGCGUACUGCAAUAUCACCGACCACCUCAAGUGCUACAAGUGGGCACUCAAAGAGUCGCAGAGAUACGGAGAGAAGUGGAGCAAAAAAUGGGCGCAAGAAUCAGCCUACAUCAAAAUCCAUGCUGAGAUUGGUGAUGUCUUACAGUAUUUUGCAGAACCAGUCAACAAAAAUGUCUUUCCCACUUGGGAAAAAUUCUUAGCUGCUUUUCUUGGCCAGGGUGGUGUGGUGGAGGCAUGUCCGCCAGCCGAGAGUAUCACGACACUGACCGUGGACAUGCUCAUCGAGCCAAGCGGCCGCAUCAACAUGGUCACUUGUGGAGAUCAGAUCCACGCGGAGUCUCAGUUCUCGUGCUGGGGCAUCUCCUUCCCACAGUCCUCGGUUGACCCUGAAGUCCUCAACAAAGUCUGUCUAAAGAUUGGCGAUGCUUGCAAGGCAAGAGGCAUUGUGGGAUACUUCACCAUCGACUUUGUCACUUUCAUCAGUGGAACAGCAAUGGAUCAGAGACUGUGGGCAGUAGACUUGAGUCUACACUACAGUGACAGUCUGGGUCUGUUCCAACUGGUGUCGUACGUCACUGGUGGUCUACUCAACACCAGGUCGCAUGUGUUCGAAGUGGAGCCACCGAAAGAACCGAAGAAACCUCGCCGACGCAGACUGGCAGGAACUGAUGAGCUCCAUGAUAACAACAGCCGAUUUGCCGUGAUGAGUACUCGACUACUUCACACCAACUUGGCCGUCGUCCACUACAGCGUUUUCUUCCAGAUGUGUCGUGCACACGGCAUCGGCUAUGACAUUAAGGAAAAGCAAGGUUCUGUAUUCACACUGCUGGACAGUUUCAACAGGGAGAGACUGGGAAUGGUGACAAUAGGCGACACUUUACAGGGUGGACUGGCCACAUUUGCUCGGAAUCUGUCGGUGAUCCAUCAGGAAAUCUCAGCACCCAACAUGCAGGGAGUUACCAACUUCAAGGGUGCAAUAGGGGACAUUGAGGGAAUUCUGGGAACCACAAUACAAAACGCUGAGGAGAUGUUGGCAGCUAUGAGAAAUGAAGAGGAAUCAUGAACUUCAGUAUAGGAAUCAACUUCAUUCCUUGAAGAUGUUCGACUUCAGUCUUUGAAUCAACUCCUGAUGUUGAACUUUCUCCGUGAUGACAUUUAAUUUCAUUUUUUGAAAACUUCAUUAUGUAAAGAUCAUUGUUAAACUUCAGCUAAAGAAGAAUGUUAAACUUCUGUCUUUAAAUCAACUUCUACUCUGAACUUAAUUUUAAAUGCAUACAUUGUUAAUUAAAUUAAGUUUUGGAACACGUGCUUCAUUUUCAUAAUCUUCUUUUUGAGGAUUACUUAAGUUCUCAUUAUGAAGAUAAUUAUCAUCAUUUUAUAAAAAUUUCAGCUUAAUUUUGUGAAGAUACUGAUUUUCAGUUUAUGAAAAUAAUGAACUAAAGUUUAUGAAGAUAUUUAAAUUAAUUUUUUGAAGAUUUUCAUCAUAAGAUUUAUAUAUACAUGUAUAAUGCUGGUCUGUGAUAUUUUUAAGAUGUUGAACAAUAUCUGUUAAGAUGACAGAGACUGAAAUAGUGCUGAAGUAUGUCAGAGGGGAUUCCAGAAUUGAUUAUUACAGUAUUAAUAACUAAACAUUUUCUACUCUGUCGUUGAAAUAAUAGCUGUGAUUGUACUCACUCCACUGAUCAAGUCACAGCUACAAACGAUGGCUUGGAGACCAGGUUAAAUUUAAAGUCAAAUCACAACUGCAUGGUGUUCUUCACAAAUAUGUGUAUGAAAUGUAUGCCAGUGAUAUUUAGAUUUAAACUUGCCAUUCCACUUUAUUUAUGUAUUGUGAAGAAAAUUUCUUCUUCAAACUUGGUCUGUUUUAACAGAUCUUCGACAGUUGUGCGAUCAUUUCGUUCAUACAUUGCUCAUUUUGUUCGCACAUUGCCUCAGACAUGUCUAAAUUUGUGUAACCAGAGGUUACAAAAGGUAAAAUUACCUUAAAAUCUUGGAAAUUAAUUAAUAUAUAUAUUUUUAAUUUUAAAAAGAUUAUAGUAAGAGAACUGUUGUUUAAAAUUGGUCAAAGUGCAUGAAAUGCAGUGUCCAAUUUCAUAGGAUUUCAAACUUAUAGUACAGGGCACUUAAGAUCUGUACUGUUUUUAGUACACACCCUCAAAUUAUUUUGUAACAGAAGCCUGUCUCGUUUUUGUUUGUGAAUUAAAUUUAGGACAUGAUUUUAAGGGUUGUCAACAUAAAAAUGAAAUGGGUUACUAGAUCUUUUUUUUUUUUUUUUUUUUUUUUCUUUUACAUCUCAUAAAUGGGUUACACAAAUUUGUAACUGUCAUAUCUUUAUUACAACUGUCAGCUUUAAGCUAUUCAUCCAGUCACACAGCUGGUUUCUCCAUUAAGUGAUUUGUGUGUAAUUCUUCCAACCACCUGGUUCCUUGUUCUCUGCCGCUAGUAAAGUUGGUCUGCUCCACGGCACUGGCAGCAUGGAACCAUGUAGAUAAUUACAAGUACCAGAAAUAACCAGGGAACUUAGUACAUUGUAAACGGAUCGCACAAAAGAAAUAGCAUGCAUACGUGUAGCUAUAAGACACAAAUGAAGUUGAAAGGACAAGGUCAGAGAUGUGGGAUAGGAUGAAAAAUAUUGAACCAGAUUUGCAGAAAACCAGUAAUAUACUGAUGGAAAAAAAUAAGGGAACACAUCGAAUUGUAGACCAAAUGUAAUUCACAACUAGCAUAGUAAUGUCUGUAUUUCAUACCAAGUUGUAAUGUGGGAUUGAAUAUCUGUAGUGUUGAAUGUGCUGCCUAUAUGUUCCCAGUCAACUUCUUACAAUAUGAAUUGAUUUUUGAUGCAGUCAUUAUUUCUUGUUAUCUGUGUGAUCCUUUAUUUCUUUCCAUCAGUUUAUAUUGUUAAAGAUUUAAGCCAUUAUUUUUCUUGCCGUUAUAAAAUAAAAAGGCAAGAUAUAGGAUUACUGUUCCCCGAUGGUGGUGGCGUCAAAUUUUGCAUUAAAAUUCUAACAUUUAGAUCAGUUUUCCACAAUCUAAAAGUCCUAAGUAAUGAAACUUGGUUUACAGUUUCACCUAAGGAUGUAAUUCAGAGUGCACUGAAAUUGUUUAUGGUAGGCGAUCUCGGCAUUUAAUUCUGAGGAAUUCUUGCAUGAUUGCUUUGAUUUAAAAAAAUAGGUCUGUGCAAACAAUUAGUUAUUUCAUUUGAACAUGAUAAAAAGUAAAUAAAAAUUUCGUAUUUAUUUAGUUUAUAAUAAGGUUACCAAAAAAAUAUAUUAUAUGUGCCGUUUGUAGCAAACAUUUUUCGUGAAUUUUAACUAUCCAAAGCUAUUUUAUAUUUAAUGAUUUUGGAGCAACAAUAAAAUGUUUUUAUGCUGGGGUUUUUAUUAUUAUUAUUAUAUAGGGUAUAUGUAUGUGUUAAUACAUUAAAAGUAAUAAUUUUAUAACAAAAAUGUUUCUUAAUGUUUCAUGACAAAAAAGAUGUAUUGCUUGUCUACAUUUUUAGCUUAAUUCAGCAUAGAUGUUUAGUCUAUUUGUUUCAAAAGAGAACUAACAAAUUGGCAUGUACGAUAACUAUAAUGUAAAGUAUUAAGCUUUAACACUCAUUAACUCCAAUAAAAUUUUUGACAAGAUGUUUCACUGUAAAUAAAUAUUGCUUUGCUAUAUCCACGCUGCCUCGUUUAGAAGUGCGUUAGUUGGUACACGAAAGUACAUGUACAUGUAAGUAUGUGAAAUUAUGUAUAAUAUGUAUUUAAAAAUGUAUGUCCGUGAAAAGAUAAAGAAUUGAUGAAAACAAAGAUCACUUCUCUUCUCCCCCAACUCUUAAAAUAAUUAAUUGCCCUCCCAAAUUAAAAUUCAAAUAAAUACAUAACUGGCUCCCCCAAAACUCCUAAUUGCUAUCAUAUUCUUAUGCGUACGAUAGGAACAUUAAAAUAAGCGUAACAGUGAAAUCACUUGUUAUUAAAACAAAAUAUAUCAGGUGCGUGUGCACAAAUUUUAGUGGAGGCGAGAUUCUAGGCUGUGUCGAUCAAAGUUUAUAAGGGGUUAGAGUCAUGCUUCCCUUGAAAAUAUAUUGAAAAAAGAAAAUUUGCUUCAGCAGGUGAGCGGGAGGGAGGGGGAGUUGACCCCGAACCCUCCCUGCUAAUGUGCCUGUAUAUUUAAACUACAAUUAUCAGUAUUUGAUAGUAACGAUUGUACAUAAUGGAAUAAACAUUUUUACAUCAUUAAUUAGAUUACACUUUUGUAAAUAAAUGGUACCAUAUAUUAAAUUUGUUUAAAUUUAAUCAAAUAACAAGCGUGUGCAAUAUAUAAUUAUAUAUCGGCAAUAAUACAGGGCCAUAAGUAUCUAGCUGGUGGGCAUGAAAAAACUACUCCUUUUUAGUUUCAAAGUUCCCCUUUUUUAAUUUUCAAAGUGCCAUUUUUAUCUUGAAAGUGCCCUUUCAGUUUGAAAAAUGCCAGUUUUAUCUACCUAGAGAGCGUUAUAUAAUAAUGUGCACUUACGUUUUAACUACACGCUAGAUGGUUUAGGAUGGCCCUGUUAUACCCAGCUAUGUAAAUAGUUAUAUACAGUACUUACUAUUAAGCUACUAUAAAAGGCUGGGUUUUUUUUUAUUAUUAUAUUUUUUAAUUAUUCUUUUAUGUCACAAAGUUUGACAAGCUACUAACCUUAAUUGAGGCAAGUGAAAAUUUCAUCUGUAUAUUAAUUUACAUUAGCCAAUACGUUUGCGAGUGCAAGUGACUUUCUUAAACAUUUGUCCAAAAAUAAUUAAGAUGUGUAACAUGAAAUGCUUUAUUAAUUAAACAUACCAUACAUGUAUGUUUAAAAAAGGAAAGGAAUGUUUGACACUUCAGUAGUUAUUAGUACAUUUGUGUAUUAAUUGGUGUCCAAAAUAAUAUGGUAAUUGUAACAUUUCAUGUUGGACAAGACGCAUAUUAAUAUUUUAUAUGCUAACAGACAUUUUUAGUUUCAUUUGAUCAUCCCAUAAAUGAAUGUAAAUGUUUUAUCGAGGCAAUAACAUUUUUCUGCAUUUUUUUUUUAUCAAAGGAUAAAAUUUUGGGGCCCAUCUGCGACUAGUGGUUACACCAGUCAUACAUUUACAUGUUUGGCAUCUAUUUCACACAGAAAAUUACAUCAUCAUAGAAGAUAGAGCAUUUUAAGGACAAAAGAAAAUGAAAUAUGAGAACUUCAAAACUAUAUUAGUGGUACUGUUAGUAACAUGAGUUGUGGUUUAGUCGUAGUUACGUUUACAGGCGAAACUAGGCAUACAUGUACGAUGUUUUGUGAAAUUGGACCCAGGUUUACUUAGUAGUUAUUAUCCAGUCAAAAUCCAGUAUAUUGUAUAGCAACAAAACAUUUGUAAUUAUAGACAAAUGACUACUCAUAAUGUAGGCCAGUUUGUUUAUGUACCAGUACAUUAAAAUGUUUCUUAGAAUACUAACUGUCGUAGACUGAAUCAGUGGUUCGCAUUAACUGGGAAACAAAAUAUAUGUUUAAUACACUUAUUAAGAACAUCCCCAAAUAGUUCUUUAUUAUGAAAGUCCCACAAUUCCUCGCAGCAAAACCGUUGUAACUUAAGCAAAAUGUUUGCAACACAUAUGACAUACAUGUAUGUAGAUGAAAUUAACUAACAUUUUUCUAUUAUAAAUUGUAUAGGUACAUACAUGUACUCAUAUAUACCUGAUACGUGUAUGCUUUAUUCCUGUACCAUUUUGGCUUUGUGAAUACCCUCCGAUAAACUGCUGUAUUUUGAAAUAUGUUUAUUUCGCUUCCAUUCUGUCUGUGAUACGAUCUGUUUGUUUUUGUCAAUAAAAAUCUUUAUUAC